AGAUCACGAGUCACAACUGCAAUUGAUCAGGUAUUGGAACAAUGAACGUUCCGACGGAUAUUAUAUGACGACACGUAAUUUCACUUUAAUUGGAAAAUAUUUACUGGUUUUGUACAUUUUUGCGGGAGGACUGAACUUUUGACGUUUGAUUUUUGGUUGGUCGGAGUAAACAUACCGACAGUUUAGUGGCGUACUCUAUAUGCUCGGUUGCGAAAGUGUCUCGUCUAUAUUUCUAUGUGAUAUAUGACGUAUUUCAUACUGACCAAUCAACAAGAAACGUUCGUUAUUUUGAAAAGGUGGAGAAAUAAGACUCCACGUCUUACCAGCCUUGGCAGAGUCAUUUUGACAGAAGUGUCUUUAAGCAAUUGUAUUUAGCUCCGUAUUGUUUCGAAUAUAGUGAGUGUGAUUUAUACAAAGUUAUAUAUUGUGUGAACAGAAUAUACAGACGUAUGUGUAAAAGUCAUAUUGAUGUUUAACAGUUGAGAGAUAUCAACGACACUAUUGUAUAUAUAUAUAUAUUUGUUCAGACCAUACACAUAUCACAAAGUAUUGUAUAUAUAAAUUAUUACAGAGAAAUAUUAUUAUUUAACUGUUAUCAAAGUUGCAAAACAGGAAUAAAAUACACAAUGGAUAAAGAAAAUAACAGCACACAUUAUCAAUCUACUUCAGAAACAUUAAAGGUCAAUAAUUUUAAGCACUUGAGUAUCACUGAUACAAAAAAAAGUGAUAAUAACACUGCGAAAAAAUCUGUAGAAUUGAUGCCACCACCUAAGUUACCGUUAGCACCUAAAUCAGAUUCUAAUCAAAUCCAACAAAAAUCUCAUGAAAACAUUAAAGAGAUAAAAGACAAUACAAAUGAAGAAUCCCAGGAAGUUAGUAGUUCAAAUACAGAUUAUGCAAAUACAGAAAAUCAAAGCCGGAAGAAGUGGACAUUGAUGGAUUUUGAUAUUGGCCGUCCUUUGGGCAAAGGAAAGUUUGGCAAUGUAUACUUAGCUAGAGAAAAAAAAUCUAAAUUUAUAGUAGCUAUGAAGGUGCUUUACAGAGCACAGAUAGACAAAGCCCAAAUCCUGCAUCAAGUACGAAGAGAAAUAGAAAUUCAAAUGCACUUAAGGCAUCCAAAUAUUUUAAGAAUGUAUGGAUAUUUUUAUGAUGAUAAACGAAUUUAUUUAAUAUUGGAAUAUGCAUUGAAAGGAGAGCUUUAUAAAGAAUUGCAUAGUCAACCAGAUAAACGGUUUGAUGAACAAAGGACAGCCACUUAUGUAGCUCAAUUAGCAGAUGCAUUAAAAUAUUGUCAUAGCAAGAAAGUAAUUCACCGUGAUAUCAAACCUGAAAAUUUACUUCUUGGGGCACAUGGUGAAUUAAAAAUAGCAGACUUUGGGUGGUCUGUACAUGCUCCUUCUUCUCGAAGGGAUACUUUAUGUGGUACUUUAGAUUAUCUGCCACCAGAGAUGGUGUCUGGUAAAACCCACAAUCACACUGUUGACUUUUGGAGUGUUGGGGUAUUAUGCUAUGAAUGUUUGGUUGGCCAGCCUCCUUUCUAUGCAAAAAAUAAUGAUGAAACUUGUAAAAAUAUUACAAAAUUACGGUAUACAUUCCCAAUCUUUGUGAGCGAAGGUGCAAAAGACUUAAUUUCAAAGCUUAUAGUUAUUGACCCAGAAAAGAGACUGGAUAUGGAUGGCAUACUCACACAUCCUUGGAUUGUAAAAAAUCGCAAGAUAGAUAAAGCAUAAAGUACUUAUAUGCACAAGUGAUAUGUUUUUAUUAAAAGUAGACGAAUGUUAAUGUAUUCUAUAAAUUUAUCGUAAUCCUGGUUUCUCCAAAUAGAGACAUCAGAAUAUCAAUAAUUAACUGCUAUACUAUCAAUAUAUUAUCCUAAUUGUAUGUCUAAAGUAUUCUUUCACAUGUAACUGGUUUUGGGAUAUGUGUGCUUAACAGAUAAGUUUACUCGACAGCAUUUCUUAAACGAAAAUCGAUUUGCUCACAUGACUAAUAAUAUAAUUGUUUGCACUAUUCCAGAUUGGAGCUUAGCUGGUAUAUACCAGCAGAAAAUAAUGCAAAUAAAAGUUCAUUAUGUUU